ACCCAGACCCCUGGCCGCACAGCCCCACAUUCCUCGCCCCUUGCCCCCCACCACCGCCACCCUCUCGCCGGCGGCAAUGUCGGUCCACCUCGCAGCCGCGCUGCUCAUCGCGCUCCUCGCCCCCGCCAGCGCCUCCGACGUCUCCUCGUUCCCGCUCACGCAGGCGCAGUCCCCGUCCAACGCCUCCGCGGGGCCCUCCUCCCCGCCCUGCCGCCUCGACCUCUCCGCGGAGCUCUUCGGCGGCGUGGCCGCGGCCUGCGGGGCCGGCGGCGGGCCGGGCUCCCUCGACCGCGGCCGCUGCUGCCCCGUCCUCGCCGCCUGGCUCUUCGCGGCGCACGCGCGCACCGCGCUCUCCCUUCCGGCGCCGGCCCCGUCGGGCCUCGACGGCGGGGACGGCGACGAGGAGCCCAUGGUGCCGUACGACAACCAGCGGUGCGUGGACGCGCUGGGCACCGCGCUGGAGAAGCGCGGGGUGAAGAUGUCGGGGCCCAACAAGACGUGCGACAUGGUGCUCUGCUUCUGCGGCAUCCGGCUCCACCAGAUCGGCUCGCUCCGCUGCCCCGCCGCCUUCGCCGUCGGGACGACCGCCGUCGGGACCGCCGCCAAGAACGCCACGCCCACCGCCGCCGUCAAGGACCUCGAGAAGAGCUGCCGCAACGCAUCCUACGCCGGCUGCUCCCGCUGCGUCCAGUCCCUGCAAAAGGUGAAGGGGAACGUGAGCCGGGAGGCGACCGGCGGCGACCGCGCGCGGCGGAUGCUGGGGCUGGACUGCCAGCUGAUGGGCCUGACGUGGCUGCUGGCCAAGAACAAGACGGCGUACAUCCCCACCGUCUCCGCCGUGCUCCGCGGCAUGCUCUACAGCGCGCACCCGACCGAGUCCGGCGGCGGCGGCCACUCCAGGGUUGCCGGCGGAGGCAGCGCCGCGCCUCCGAAGUGCAGCCCGGACCAGGAGAACAUGCCGCUGGCCGUCGACUCGCUGCAGUUCGAGCACGCCGGCAGCACCAGCUCGGCCGCCGCCGUCAUGCUCCGCGGCGGCAUCGGCUGCUCGCUACUACUCUGCCUGGUACUCUGCCUCGUCUGGGAAGCGUUCUUGUGAACAGGGGGAGCAGUGCAGUGCUGAUGAAUUAAGCUUGUUGAUAAGAGUAUUUUGUAGGAGCUGUUAGUAGGGAGGAGGGGGUAGUUUUCUUCUUUUUUUGCAUAGAGUUGCGGAUUAAUCAGCAGAUAUGGCAUGGCGGCGAGAUUAUGUUGUUUGUUCGUGAUGGCAGAUGGCCUUAUGUCAAAUCUCCGUGCUUUUAUCUUGGGUUA